GUAAUUCUAGUAAAUGUUGAUACCACAGGAGCACCGACCAGUGACCGCGAAGGAGUGAUUCUUUAUCUAUCCGUCGGAGAGAGAGAUGAUGGUAGCACACAUGGGAGUCAUCUCUACUGCGACUUUUUGCUUUCUCUCUGUCUCUGUGUCUCGUCGUCGUCGAACCUCCUCUCCCAAAAGCAGACCAUUCGCUUUGGAUAUGUGUGACAGUGGCAGCUAUGAGUAACGAUCCAAUCCGAGAAUGGAUUCUGUCAGAAGGAAAGGCCAAGGAUAUCACUAAAAUUAGACCUGUUGGUGGUGGUUGCAUCAAUCUUGCCAGUCGUUACGAAACAGAUGCCGGUUCUUUCUUUGUUAAAACAAACAGGAGUAUUGGACCAUCAAUGUUUGAGGGAGAGGCUUUGGGAUUGAGUGCUAUGUAUGAAACCAGUUCAAUCCGUGUGCCAAGGCCAUUUAAGGUCGGAGCCCUACCAACAGGUGGUUCGUUUAUUAUUAUGGAAUUCAUUGAAUUUGGAGCAUCUAGAAGCAAUCAGUCUACUUUAGGGAGGAAGCUUGCUGAAAUGCAUAAAGCGGGGAAGUCAGAAAAAGGUUUUGGUUUUGAUGUUGAUAAUACCAUUGGCAGUACUCCACAGAUAAAUACUUGGGCGUCGGAUUGGAUUGAAUUUUACGCAGAGCGUAGAUUGGGUUACCAACUGAAGUUGGCACGAGAUCAAUAUGGUGACUCCAUCAUUUAUGCAAAAGGUCAAAGAUUGGUCAAGAAUAUGGGACCUCUAUUUGAAAAUGUUGUUAUAGAACCAUGCUUACUGCAUGGAGACCUAUGGAGUGGGAAUGUUAGCUCCGACAAAAAUGGCGAGCCUGUCAUACUUGACCCCGCCUGUUAUUAUGGUCAUAAUGAGGCAGAAUUUGGAAUGUCAUGGUGUGCUGGAUUUGGAGGAUCCUUUUAUGACGCAUAUUUUGAGGUGAUGCCCAAACAACCGGGUUUUGAGUCGAGACGGGAUCUUUAUAUGCUCUAUCACUACUUGAAUCACUACAAUCUUUUCGGUUCGGGUUACCGCUCAUCUGCCAUGUCUAUAAUUGACGAUUACCUACGGAUGUUAAAAGCUUAGACAACAACCUGAAUAUAUGUAUUCUUCCUGGUUUCAGAAAGAUUUCUUGCUGUUUUGUCGCUCCUUUGUGGAAAAUCAUUAGGUCUUUAAUGUGUUCAGCUUACGAUGUACAUAAAAUUGUAUGUAACAUUUGUAUUGAAUCCCCCGGUUUGUAUGCAAUGAACAGGCAAAAUCACCAGACUGAACUGAUUCCACUU